UUGUCAUCUCUGGUUCUCACUCCUUCGCGGCUCGUCGGUACCGCAUGGUCUUGUGUUCUGUGACAGUCUUAUUACACAUAAUCUGUAAAUUAAUCAUGGCCGAGAACAAAGAACGCACCUUCAUAAUGGUCAAGCCGGACGGCGUACAACGGGGUCUGGUUGGCAAAAUUAUUCAACGAUUUGAGGACAAAGGCUUCAAAUUGAUAGCAAUGAAGAUGCUCUGGCCUACUGAAGAACUUUUAAAGAAACAUUACGCUGAUUUGGCCUCAAGACCCUUCUUUCCAGGUUUGGUCAAGUAUAUGAGCUCAGGACCAGUUGUACCGAUGGUCUGGGAAGGCUUGAAUGUCGUGAAAACUGGUCGUGUGAUGCUGGGUGAAACAAAUCCUAAAGAUUCCGCACCUGGUACAAUCCGCGGUGACUUUUGCAUACAAGUGGGCCGUAACAUCAUUCAUGGAUCUGAUUCUGUCGAAUCAGCCAAUAAGGAAAUUAAUCUAUGGUUCGGCGAGAAGGAAGUUAUUGAUUGGACGAAUGCAGCUGAAAAAUGGAUCUAUGAGUAACUGUGAUAGAGGAUAAGUUUUCCAGAUGUUACGUAUUUUACGAAAUACUUCCCUAGAAAAAUAUUCCACAAGCCUAUACUGCCAGUCGAAUUGUACGCAAUUAUCUCUCGAAUUAUCGAAAACACAGAUGUUAGAUUCUAAGAGAAACAUCUUUCACAGUUUGUACUACAUAACAGAUUGACGAAGUUGUGUAACUUGUAUUCAGUUUUUAAUCGUUGAAUGUUAAAAAAAAAAAUUCAAAAACAUCAACGUUUGUAAAAUACAAUCGCAAUGUCUUUGAGAAACUUUACACAAUUGAAAUAGAUACAUAUUUAUAAAGUAUGAAAUUUAUUGGAACAAUAACUUAUGAUAAAAGCGAACGUAAAAAAGAAAAAAUUACAUAACUAUAAAAUCUGCUAUCAAAAAAUAGUUAUUGUAAAAGCUACAUCUAAUUGCUAUUGGAAUCGUAUACACAAAAUAAAAGUUGUCAUGUGUAACGAAAAUAAGCCACUGGAUCAUACCGUAUGAAAAAAAAUUUAUAAAAAAAAAACAAAAAAAAGUUGAAUUUUUUCUUAAUGGGAGAUGUCUACAAAAAUGAACUAUCGUGCUGUGUAUCGCAAAAAAAACCAAACCAAGGUAUCAAAUUUUUAUGCAAAAUGAGUUAUUAUGUGUGAAUCAACAUAAUGUUUUUUUUUUUUAAGUUCUUCAGUAGACUGUAAGUAAUUGAUAUUAAAAGUUUUCAUACUGUAUGUCGUAAAAAAAUAAAGAGAAAUCAAAAACGUC